AGAAGAAGAAGAAGAAGAAGAAGAGGGAGAGAUGGCCAAAGAUGAUGGUGAAAGGACUCCUGGCAAUUCCAAUACGAAGGUUAGUUUUAAGGAUGAUGAAGAAACCGAUUCUAGGCCUCACUCAAUAGUUUCUGGAUUUGACGACGAUGUAGCUACUAUUUCCCAUGAAGGAGAAGAUGCACAAUUAGAAGCACAAGAAGAGCUGACUGAAGAGCCAGCUGAAGAAGUUACUGAAGAACCGGUUAAGGAGACAAUUGAUGAACCAAUUGAACAAGGAAAACCUUCAGAAAAAGAAGCCGAUGAAGUAGAUGCAUCAUCGAAGGAAGUUGAAGAAACAAAGUUAGAAGAUAAUAAACUUUUAGCCGAUACCACACCAAGAGAUGAAGAUGUGAAAGUAAAAGAGCUUGCAGAAAAUGAUGUGGUGGAACAUGAAGCACCGGCCAUUGAACGAAUUGAAAGCCCAGUACCUUCGAUACCGGCUAGACCAUCAAAGCGCCCAAUCAAGAAAACACAUUCUGCUCUGGAAGAUGAUGUAAAAUCUUCAGAAGGUGAAAGUCCAGUGAUUCCAUCACGACCAUCGAAGUCUGUUUCAGAAGAAGCGAAAAUUUCACCAGUGAUACCUUCGAGACCAGCAAAGAUAAGUCCAACUAAUACUGAGAAGCCUAAAGCUCCACCUCCGAAACCAAAAAAGUUGUCGUCUAGAAUUGCAGCUUUUCAACAAAUGUUUAAUCAGGAAUCAAACAUUGAACCCCCAUUACCAAAGUCUACCAGUGAAAAAAUUAGUGGUGAUAAACCACCAGUUGGUGGAUUGAAGAAGCUUUCGGAAGAUAAAAUGAAAUUUGCUAAGAGUCUACAGGGUAUGGUAGGUAUGGGUAUCCCAUUACCAGGAAUGGCUAAUCCACUUCUUCAAAAGAGACUAGAAAGACAACAACAAGAAGAAGAAGAACAAGAUGAAGAAGAUGAUAAACAAGAACAUGGUGAUGAAGACAAAAAGUCAGAUACUGCUUCUGUUCCAAAGUCAGCUGCAAGACCUAGAGGACCUAGAGGUAAAAAGCUUCCAAAGUCAUUAAAGGAACCCACAAAUAUUGAACAAGAGCCUAGAUUUAAACUAGCUACUUAUGAUUUAUGGGAAGUCUCAUUUAAGAAGUCAGUUGCUGAAGAAAGUAUUCCAGAUGUGGUAGAAGAAGAAGAUAAAGAAAAUGAAAAAAAAGAAAAAGAAGAAGAAAAAGAUAAAGAAGAAGAUAAAGAAAAUGAAGAAGAUAAAGAGGAAAAAGAAAAAGAAAUUCCCUUAGACACUUCUGAAAGACUGCUGGUUCCUCCUCGUGUACGGUAUCCACAUCCCCCAAUCGAAUUUGAACAUCUCCCUGAAGUUGAUGACUAUUAUGUGACUGAAGACAAAGUUGUUGAAGCACAGAAUGAUCAGCCAAAAGAUGUAGUUGCUGCAGAAGACGAUGACUUCAAUUUCGUUGCACCUACAGAACAAAGUCAAUCUGAACAACAAGAAGAAGAAGCCAACGUAGAGACUGCAACUGAAGAGAAUGACAACAUAAAGCCAGAGACUGUUGAGGAAGACAAACAGGAAGAAGAAAAAGCUUAAAAAUUAACUCAGUUUCAUAAAUCAUUAAAUUCUAUCUAUAUA